AGUCCUUCUACAUGCGCAAGGCGAAAAACCAAAGUGUCGCAAUGAAUCCAGUUAAUACUAAGCCUUACCGGCUUCCGGAUAAUGCCACCUGGCUGAUUACGGGAUGCUCCAGUGGCAUCGGGCGUGAGAUCGCCAAGUUUAUCUUCGGGCAACCCGGACAACGCCUUAUCGCGACCGCGCGAGACCCUUCGAUGCUCUCCUAUCUUCCCGACCAGGACGACAAGGUCUUCAAGACCGCACUAGAUGUCACGUCGCCCGAGUCGGUCGACAAGGCUUUCGAAGCCGCGGCCGACCACUUCGGAGAUGGAUUUUACGUGGAUGUGGUCGUGAAUAAUGCCGGGUACUCGCUGUCCGGGGACACGGAGUCGGCGACGGAGGAGCAGACGCAUCAGGAGAUGGAGACGCUCUUUUUCGGGACGGCGCGCGUCACGAUGCGGGCCGUCCGCGAGAUGCGCCAGAACAAUGACCGCCGCGGUGGACUCAUCUUCAACGUGUCGUCGCUCGCGGGCGUGUGCGCGUUCCCGGGACAUGCGUACUACCACGCGGGAAAGUUUGCCGUUGAGGGCUGGACGGAGAGCGUGGCGCGGGAGAUGCACCCCGACUGGAACAUCAACUUUUGCAUCGCGGAGCCCAGCGGCGUCAAGACCAACUUCGAGGGCAGCAGCAAGAAGUGGAUGGCGCCGCACCCAGCGUAUGCGAGCGAGGACAUGCCGGCGCGCAAGCUCGAGAGCUACGUCAAGAAGGGUCUGCAGCAGGGCGCGGGAAUCGAGCCGUUGGACAUAGCAAAGGCGCUGUUCGAGGUUGCGAGCCGAGGGGAGAAGGUGCCUCUGCACCUGCCCAUGGGCCCCGUGGCUGUUCAGCUCAUCCGGAGCAAGCUUGAGGCCCGGCUGGAGGGCCUCGAGGCUGCAAAGUCGCUGCCUGGUCUUUCGAGUGGCGUUGGGGGUUCGCAAGGUACGCGGUAGCCGGAGAGAUGGCGAAUAGUCGAUGUCUGUGAGAUGUGGACAUGACGGGAGGUUUUCUCGUUUGUACUGGUAAAAGAAGUUCCUCAAUGAGAGGUAUUGAUGG